AAGCUGAAAAAGCAUUUGAUAUAUUUAUUGAUUCAUCAAAUAAAUAUUUUGAUUUAAUUGAAGAUAUUACAGAUAAAGAUAUUAGAAAAACAUUAAUCAAUAAUGUUACUAUAAAUAUGAAGGAAAAAGAAGCAAAAGAUUAUAAUACAAUUAAUAAUGUAUGCUUUGCUAAGCUUUUAAUGCUAUUCAGUUUAAUAAUACCUGGUUAUGAAAUAUAG